UUGUUUGUUUUCUUUCUACUUUUCCUGUGUUUUCUUGUAGAAUUCCGCCCUUCUGUGCAAGUUUAGUGACUCAAUUUGGUAAAAGACAGCCUGUUUUCACAGAAAGUGCUGAAUAUGGAUGGUGAUGAGAGUGAUUUAUGUGAGAAACACCUUCCAAAGUGGCUCAUCGCAAUGGAGGAUAAAAUUCUUGUGCAGAAGUUUGUUAUUCGGCCAAAAUGCACAUUUUUCGCCAUUCUCACUGCUCGUGGACAUUACUAUGAGGCUUGGGACAGAGAGAUCGUCAGGGAAUAUUGUCUGGAUGGCUUGGAAGUGGCUGUAAAACAUCCCUUAGUUCCUGCACGAGUUUCCAUGCAAUUAUUCUUCGCAUACAGCAAGAGAAAGAGUCGACAAGUCUUUUACCUCAUUCAGUGUGACGAGAAGUUGUUUAUUGUGGAGAGACUGAAGGAUUCUUUAGAGCUCCGGAGGACAGAAGAUUUUAUCUCAUCUGUAAACAUUGAAGACAGAUCCGGAGAGGGAAAUUGCACGGUGAACAUCAUGAGAACUGAUGGAAUAUCACAAGAGAUAGCUUUCCUGGACGAGGAUGAGAUGGAAAGUGAUGAGAAAGAGGAUGAAUCUUCAGGUUUUCUCCUGCAAUGUCUGGAAUCGCGCAACAGGAAGCUCGAGAGUGACCUGGAAAUGCGCAGAAAGCUCAUCCAAGAGGAGUUGCACAAGAUCCGCCAUGUGGGAAAGUAUGGGCCGCCAGAAAUGAGCACAGGAGUGAGUUUUUCAGUUUUUCCAUGGAGGUUUCUGAAGGGUUUUUCUCACCUAAAGCGCACUUCAUUCCAGGCUCCCGAUGAGGCUGCGCCGCUGGUGAAGUACGGCGAAGUGUGGCUGAAGCUCCACAAUGACAGGAUCGUGUUCGGCAUUCCCAUCUUCAAUACAACCUACUCCAGACGACGUGUGGCUCUCAAUGUGAGGCCUUUGCUGGCAAACAGCCAAUUAGAUCGCCUCAGCUAUGAAUUCAAAUUGUACAAGAUUAGAAACGAUUCUUGCACAAUUGAGAAUUUUGAUGAAUUCUUCGAUUGCGAUGAACCUUCGUAUGCAAAUUCUGUGGAUUUUCAGCACGAAUGGACACCACUUGAGGAAAAUUGUCUACAGCCGGGAUUGCCGGCAAUUCUCGUGACUACAACUCAAGUGAUGGAUUUUUCCAAGUUCUCCCUUUACAAGUUUGCCGUGUAUGUUCAGUAUGAGAUUAAGCAUGAGGCGAAAGUGUAUCAACUCCAAUUUAUGGCUGGCGAGGUGGAAAUUCCUCUUCAGAUUCUCUUUAAGGCAGUGUUCACGAUGGAACGCGAUGAGAAGAAGUUUUUUUAUCGCAAUCUCUUGGCAAUCGCUUCGACUUCUUUGCGCAAAGUCAUUCAUAUGGAGAGUGGAAGUGAGAUAAGCUGUCGAUUUUACCAAUUUUUGAUGGACAACUUGAAAUUCCAUCGUAUUGUCGUAUCGGAAAACUCAAUGAAUGAGUCACGAAAGAGCGACGAAGUCUCACAUGAGUUGAUGGAUGUGGACGAGAAUGAUGAUGUGUCGUCGUAUUUUAUUGGUGGCCAGAAGAGAGCGAUUGAGAUAUUCUAUCAGCGAGAUGAUUUCUUCAGAGGAGGACUGAUUAGAGUGCAAGAGAUCAAUAAAUCGAACUUCAAGCUCAAGAUUUACAUGCGAACGGAGAAUCAUUUAGCGGCGUUUCUGCAAAUUAUGAAGACGGAAUUUGACAAAAACGUUUCAUUCAGCGAAGAAAAAGAUCCACAAAGUUCUUGUGCACAACUCAGAAGUCUUCUAGAUGAGAUAAAUUCGAAGAAAAAAUUGCUGACAGUGCUUCAGGAUGAGCAGAAGGAUGAGAGAAAAUAUAGAGAAGCUUUUAAGGAGGUUUUCCACCGGGAAUUCAAGACAGAUUGCGUCUUCCAAAAAGUCUCUGUGGAUAAACGAUCAGAUUGAAUUUGCCGGCUGCUGAUGGACUGGAGAAUCAGUGGUUGAGAGAUAAGAAAUGUCAUCAGUCACAUGGAGAACGUUGA